GUGGCCAACAUGCUGACGCGAAAGAUCGAGUCCUUCUGCGCGGAGCGACUGCAGAUGAAGGAGGGGUACGCGUACGAGCUGUACAAGAAGUGGGGCACGUGCCUGCGAGGCAUGCAGCAGGAGGGCAUCCUGAACUGCCCCGAGCUGCUGGAGGAGUACCUCGAGUACUCGCACGACAUUCCCCUGCACGAGCACAUCGGGCCCGAUCCGCAGCUGCGCGCGAUGCUGCAGUCGUUAGACCCGUCCAUCCCGCGGUGGGUGUUCACCGCGAGCAUCGAGCCCCACGCGCGCCGGUGCCUCGAGCUCCUCGGCGUAUCCGACUUGUUCGAGGGAAUCAUCGACGUCAGGGCGGUGGACUGGGUGACCAAACACGACGCGGACGCGUACGCCGCGGCGAUGCGAAUCGCGGGCGUGGACGACCCGAACGCGUGUUUGUUCCUGGACGACAGCACGAGCAACGUGAGGGCGGCGAAGAAGGUUGGAUGGCGGACGGUGCUGGUCGGAACGCACGCGAGGGACUGCGGGUCGAAGAUCGAGUGCGCCGAAGCGGACGUCAUCGUGGAUACGGUGCAUCGGCUCGUGGACGUGGCGCCGGGGCUGUUCGUCGGGGACGUCGCUCCCGCGGGGGCGGGGGUGUAGGUGGGAUUCGCGGGGCAUCGCGGCGGUGGAGUCGGGGGCGGCGGCGGCGGCGAGGAGUCGGUGUACGAGUAAUCUCAUUUACCUUCAUCAUUU